AUGUCUCCAGCAGCAUCAGAUUGCCAUCGAAAUCAAAGGAGGCUCUCGCCUAACGUGCGAACAACCUUUCUCCUGAAUUUGAUGGUCGUGGCCACAAUUACGACAAUCCCUUAUUGUUGCAAUGGCCUUUCCUUAUACAAAACGUCCCCUAUCCAUCGAGUUGCAGUCGUAGGCGGAACUCAUGGCAAUGAAUAUACGGGAGUAUGGUGCAUACGAACCAUUGAGGCUCAGCAAAAGGAAUUGAAAGCACAAUAUCCAUCGUUGGACAUUCAAACUAUAUUGGGCAAUGAGGAGGCGCAUUUGGAGAACAAACGAUUCAUUGACACGGAUUUGAAUCGCGAAUUCAAGUGCGAUACCCUGUGUGGCGUUGAUGGAGACGACGUAGUGGUGAUGGAGGAAGAAGAAGAGGAGGAGCCAGCCUCGCGAGAGGCGAGAAGGGCUAAGGAAUUAGAUGCCCUGUUGGGAUCGAAAUGUGAUUCUGAUAAUGGUAGCGAGAUUGACGUUGCCAUUGAUCUGCACUCGACGACUGCUAACAUGGGAUUGACACUGAUCAUAAAUGAAGGCGACGAACUAAUGACUCAAGGGGCUGCGUAUGUGGUCGGGAAAUGUCCAGGGGCUCAUAUUCUGAUGCAUUCCAUUCCCGAACGAGAAGAUCGACCAACAUUGUCGUCAGCUGCCAAGCACGGUUUUACAAUUGAGGUUGGGCCCAUUCCACAGGGACUACUACGGCAUGACACUGUCCUGAAGACUGAAAGCGCCAUGCAUGCAUUGUUGGAGUUUUUUCAACGUAAAAACGACGGGGUGGAUGUACAAGCAGAGCUCAAAGAAACUUAUCCCGAUGGCCAUGUCCCAUGCUAUCGUUCUGCACCAGCUCGGAGGGAUGGAGAGAUUUCAGGAAAGAUUACAUGGCCUUGUGAUCCAGUCAAUCCCAAUUUCCCGGCACUCAUGAUUCAUGAGUCAGUACAAGACAAAGACUUUUCACUGAUCAAGGUUGGAGACCCGUUGUUUGUGGCUCAUGAUAGAUCCGUUGUUCCCUAUGAUGGAUCACAUGGCGAUGAGGUGUAUCUCAUCUUUGUUAACGAAGCUGGAUAUUACUAUGCUUCGUCUGGCACAGGCAUUGGUGUCGCUAUCACUUCAUACUACGACUUGCAAACGGGAAUGCUAAAAGAAGAAAAGGAGAAUGCAUGCUAUACACCAUUACCAUAG